AUGGGAGAAGCCAGGUCGGUGGCUGCCAAGCUCAUCGGCAUACCGGCGAAGGAAGACAUGAACAUCUUUAUUGACCACCACUAUACGUCCAAGAUCUACACUUGCGGCUCCACCGUUUCCGGAAUUCUGAAGAUCGUUCCGCGAUGCGAUGUUCGAUUCGAUUUUGUCCAGAUCAACUUGCUUGGGAGCGCAGGCAUCCAUCGGGAACACAUCUAUGUCACAACCCACAGGACGCAUCUCUUCUUACGACUCGAUAUGCCGGUACCCGAGUCCACAUAUCCAACGCCAAGAUUGUACAGGGCCGGGACAGCUUACACAAUUCCCUUUAGAUUCACCGUACCUCACAAUCUUCCGGAAAACUCGUGUCGUCACCCAGUCGAGUCGGAUAGCAUACGGAGCCGCCAUCUCCAACUGCCGUCCAGCUUGAGGGGCUGGGAUAAAGACGACUUGUCUCCCGAGAUGACGAUUGUAAAAUACCUUGUCAGGGCCCAGGUACUCGAACUGAUUGGAUGCGAGGGAAAGAGGAUCCCCGUGGUGAAGAUGGAGGCAGAACAUCCUCUCAAUCUUCUAACGGCGUCACCCGAGGACCCCCCGAUGAUCAUCGCCAAGCACAACGUUCAUUUCGCGCUCGAAGAAACGAGAACCUUGCGGGGGAACAUACUCACAAGUUCCCCUGGCCGAAUUACCGCCAGAUCCUCGCAGCCGGAAGCCAUACGCCUCAAUGCGGACGGACACGGGGCCCGGGGAUCGUCCGUCCACAUCGAGUUCAUCUUCAAGCCGUCAACUGCAGAAGCGCUGCCCCCGGAAGUCACAGUCAACUCCACCAAGAUAAUGGCAUACACCUGGGGCUCGCUGCAGCCGAUUAGCAGCUUGCCAGACAUGGGGAGCGGCGUUGAGCCCUUUGUCCUGUCAACUCGGGUUGCCAUGGACUCUGUCUCGAUUGCAUCUUGGACAACACACGUCGACCCUCCUGACCGAGAGACGGCAGGGAAGAGCUACAGACAUGACUCUCCAGUUACGCACAAGACCUCGAUGAAGAUCAGCUUCAGGUUGCCGACCUCGACCCACGUCUUCCCGCCGACGUUCUACUCUUGUCUUCUCUCCCGGACAUACUGUCUCAAUAUAUGUUUGAGUGCUGGUGGCCGCCGACUGAGGCUGAUACUGCCGGUCCAGGUUGCCAUGGAGCCGCAAGCUGAGCACACGGAAAUGUCGCCAGACGAUGAACUACCCACUUGGCAGCAGGCAUGUGAAUCGAUUGCGCGGGGGGGUUACGCGGACGCCGUUGUUUAG